UGUCUUCCCCAGGUGUCUGCAACGGACCCAGACUGCGGGGUCAACGCUAUGGUCAAUUACACUAUAGGUGACGGCUUCAAGCGCUUCAAGGAGUUUGAGAUUAGACCUGUGACGGGAGAUAUAUGUAUCUCUGGCCAGCUGGACCACGAGACCAGAGCUGUCUACGAAUUUCCCGUCGUUGCUACAGACAGAGGGGGGUUGAGUACUACGGCCGCUGUCAAAAUACAGUUGCUGGAUGUGAACGACAACCGCCCCACCUUCUAUCCUCAGCAGUACAACGUGUCGCUGCGGGAGCAACACAAGUCGUCCAGCUCCCCGGUCGUCGUGGUCGUCGCCACGGACAAGGAUGCUGGUAUCUACGGACAGGUGAGUUUUGUUAACUACAUGCCACUUAAGCAGGUGAUUAUGGGUUCGUGGGUGUGGUAUGACGCUGGUAUCUUCCGCAUCAACGGUAGAUCUGGUGAAUCUUUUGUCAACGAGCGUCUCUCAAGGCCCACCCGAUGUACCAUCAAUGUCUCAGCUCGUGACGGAGCGGGUCUCAGGUCUGUGGUGGACGCCGAGGUAGCCAUCUCUGUCAUUGACACCAACCAGGAGCCGCCUAUCUUCGAGAAGCCCCGCUACACUUUCGGCGCCAACGAGAGCGUUCCUCAAGGCUCCGUCGUCGGCACCGUCACUGCCACCUCCAGCGGUAGAGGUGGAGGCGAGGUGAGGUACAACAUAUACUCUGGUGACCCCAACGGCUACUUCAGCAUCGACAGUUUGAGUGGUAUGUUGAGUACAGCGUCUCUCCUCGACCACGAGUCUCACCCCUUCGUCUUGCUCAACGUUCUGGCAACCGCUGGGAACCCUCCCACCUAUGGUCACACUCAGGUCAACAUCAGUAUUUACGACGUAAACGACAACGCGCCUGAGUUCGACGUACACUCCGUGAAGAUCUCGGUGCGUGAGAACGCCGUGCUCAACGAAGCCAUCUACGCGGCACAUGCCACAGACCACGACUCCGGUGACAACGGCAUCGUUACUUACAGCCUCAUCCAGAACCCCGGGGGAAUGUUUCUCAUAGACGAGAAUCAAGGUAUCCUGAUGCUGGCGGAGGAGCUGGAUUAUGAAAACGUACAGAAGUACACACUUGUGAUCGGGGCGCAGGACAAGGGCGUACCCCUCCUUUCCUCCAACCUGACGGUGAAUCUUGAGGUGCAGGACGUGAAUGACAACCCUCCUGUCUUUGACAAGACCUCCUACGUAGUGAGUGUCCUGGAGUCGAUGCCAGCCAACUCACAGUUCCUGCAGGUAACAGCUCUCGACCUCGACACUGGAAACAAUGCCAGACUCACCUACACCAUCCGCGAGAAGGAGUUCGAGAAUGUCUUCGGCAUCUUUCCAAAUUCUGGCUCUCUCUACCUGAAGGAGGUGUUGGAUCGCGAGACACGGGACCGGUACGUGCUGACGGUGGUGGCCACGGACAACGGCACGCCGGUCUCUACCGCCUCAACCACCGUCACCAUCAAUGUCCUGGACGCCAACGACAACACCCCAGCCUUCUCCAGACAGAUCUACGAGUUCACGGUGGAAGAGAACCUAGACACAGGUGCCGUGGUGGGCAGCGUGACGGCAGAAGACAGAGACCUGGGCAACAACGCCUCCCUCAGGUUCUCCCUCUCACCUGCAGACGGCUCCUUCCAGAUUAACCCAGUCACAGGAGAGAUCGUGACGCGGGUUGCCCUGGACCGGGAAUUGAAGGCUGUGUACGAGGUGACGGCUGAAGUGCACGACGAGGGACGUCCACCACGGCACACCCGAGCCACUGUCAGGGUCCUCGUGACGGACGUCAACGACAACUCCCCGACCUUCAUUGAGCCCCGGGAACCCUCGGUCAGCGUGAGGGAGGAGCAGCCCGCUGGCACCGAGGUCCUGCAGGUACGGGCGACGGACCGUGACGAAGGCAACAACGCCUCCAUCACAUACUCCUUCAUCAGUAGCGAGGACAACGAUGACGACGCCGCCUUCAACAUCAACCCUGCCACUGGAGUCAUCACCACCACCAAGGUUCUGGACCACGAGGCCAAGCAGGUGUAUCGGGUGACGGUGCUGGCCAGCGACCAGGGCAACCCACCUAAGAACGUUACCAAGGUCAUACAAAUUGAGGUGUUGGAUAUGAACGAUAAUCGGCCCACCUUCCCCGCCUCCUCGAUGGUGUUUAAGGUGAAGGAGGGGGUGAGGGUGGGCGAAGAAGUAGGUUCGGUGAUCGCAGUGGACAGAGACGGCGGCGAGAAUGGCCGAGUUACCUACACUAUUCUCACAGGAAACACUUAUGGUACCUUUGACAUCAACAAGACAACAGGACAGAUGUUCACGGCCAAGCAAGUGGACUACGAGAUGGCUACUGAGUACAUGCUACAGGUGAAGGCCGUGGACUCCUCAGCUACCAACCCUCAAAGUUCUAUCAUCAAUGUGAAGAUAGAAGUCCAGGAUAAGAACGAUCAGUCUCCCAUCUUCAAGGAUGAUCCCAUCAUCUUUUCUAUCAGCGAGAACACCGCCAUUGGCACGCCUGUGUGGAACUUCACGGCCACCGACCUGGACUCGGGUGACAACGGUUACGUGCAGUACUCGCUGACGCAACAGAGGCCUAAGAAAGUGUUCAAGCUCGACUCAACCACUGGGAUGCUGACGCUGAUGGCACCGCUGGACUACGAGGAACACCGUGAAUACACACUAGUGGUUACUGCUGCCGACCAGCCCCGGGAUGAGAGCCACCGUCGCCAGGCCUCCGUCACAGCUCGCAUCAUCAUUGAGGACUACAACGAUAACUCGCCGAAGUUUGUGUCUCGGGGACGUGUGGAUAUAAUGGAAGACGAACCCCGGGGCUACCCCGUCCUGCAUGUCAUCGCCACAGACGAGGACUCCCGUGACAAUGGCCGCGUCACCUACAUUGUCAGCUCUGGCAACGAAGAUGGAAGCUUCGCUCUGGACUAUGAAACCGGGGUAUUAAGCAUAGUGAAGACUCUGGAUCGUGAGCGUGCCACUCAGUACCGCCUCAAUGUGACUGCCAGCGAUCAUGGUCAACCACCUCGCUCCGCCACACAAGUCAUAGAAGUUUUCAUUGAAGACGUUAACGAUAAUCCUCCCAAGUUCAGUCAGGAAAUGUAUCGCGCCAACGUGUCUGAGGGCGCCCCACCUGGAACCUCCGUCAUCCGUGUGACAGCAGCAGACCGCGACUAUGGCACUAAUAGCAACUUGACCUAUAUUAUUCCAGCAGGGAUCGGUGACAACAAAUUUCGCAUCAACCCAACCACUGGAGCCAUCCACACCAUGGCCACACUGGACCGCGAAGAGAAGGAUCAAUACACGUUGACUGUGUAUGUACGUGACGGGUCCUUUCCUGCUCAGUACGACACCGCCUCGGUCUUGGUAACUCUCACUGAUGUUAAUGAUCACGCGCCAGAGUUCCGAGACUCCUGCUACCCCUUACGAGUGCCUGAGAACACUGAUCUCUCCGUCAUUCACACAGUGCUAGCCACUGACAGGGAUGCUGGCCUCAAUGGCAAAGUUAGAUACUCCAUAACAGAAGGUAACAUCAACAACAAAUUCAGCAUCGGCUCAUACUCGGGGCAACUCUCCUCUCGACCGCUGGAUCGAGAAGCACAUGCCAAGUACUUCCUGGUGAUUACGGCAGAGGAUCGGGCAUCAUCAGCACUACGGGGCAUUUGCAACAUUACCAUCACUGUUGAGGACCAAAAUGACAACGACCCCAAGUUCUCUCAGAACCGGUACACAGCCACACUACAAGAGGACGCCCUGCCAGACACGACAGUGCUGACGGUGAGAGCUGUCGACGAAGACCAUGGCGAGAAUGCCCGUAUUACCUACUCUCUCAGCAACGAGACACAGUGGCUCUUCAAGAUAGACAACGAAACUGGCGUCAUCACUACCGCUGGGUACUUUGAUCGGGAAAAACAAAAUAUGUAUACUUUUGAGGUCCGAGCAACAGACGGCGGCCGCUACGACUCCCGCUCAGAGAAGGCACAAGUGCAGAUUACCAUCAGCGACGUGAACGACAACAAACCAGUGUUCACCCAGUACCCUUUCACCGUGGAUGUGCCUGUGUACUCCCAGCCUGGGCACCAGCUGUUACAGGUGUCUGCCACGGACAAGGACGAUGGUGUCAACGCAGAUAUUGUCUUCAGUCUGGUGGAUGAACCAGUAAACAACAAGUUUCGAAUCAACCCCGAGACAGGGAUCGUGACGGCGACGAGCCAGCUGGGACUGGAGAGUGGCCGCAUCUUCCAUCUAGAGGUGGUGGCGCAGGACCGAGGCCGUCCUCCACAGUCUUCCACAGGCUUAGUGGAGAUACGAGUGGGUGACGCCACCUCCACUACCACACUCCAGUUUCCCAAUGCCACAUACUCCGCUGAGCUGGGCGAAAAUGCUCCUGCUGGCUCCGAUGUAGUGCAAGUGGCUGCCUUCCGUUCUGACGGCCGCAAGCAGAGGAUAGCCUACAGCUUCGGCUCUGGCAACGAGGAAAACAUCUUUGAAAUCAAUAGCAACAAUGGCUUGAUCCGCGUGCGGGACCCCCGCCGCCUGGACUACGAGACCAUACCGCAGAUGCGGCUCAUCAUCGUGGCACAGGCAGAGGGCGACACACCCCUCUAUGCCUACACCAGCGUCUUUAUCACCCUCAUCGACAUGAACGACAAUGCCCCUCGCUUCACCCAGGACCGCUACGUAUCGUCGGUGUGGGAGGGCUACAACAAGGGCGCCUACGUGAUGCAGGUCUCCGCUACCGACGACGACACGGGAGUCAACGCCAACAUUGUCUAUCACAUCGUCGACGGCAACCACGACAACGCCUUCGUAAUAGAUCCACCCUUCUCCGGGAUUGUCAAGACCAACAUUGUGCUUGACCGAGAGAUACGUGACGCCUACAAGUUGACUAUCAUCGCUACUGACGAAGGUGUUCCCCAGCUGACCGGUACCUGCACUCUCAGGAUCAAUAUUGUUGAUGCUAACGACAACCAACCCACCUUCCCUCCACACUCUAUUGUGCAGGUCUCUGAAGGAGCUGAGGUUGGCACAGUAAUCACCACCAUCACUGCCAAUGAUGUCGACACAAACCCAGCCAUCACCUACAACUUCGCCGCUGACGGCAACCCAUACAACAUGUUCAGCAUUGACAAGUUCAGCGGCAAGAUCACCCUGGCUGUGCCGCUGGAUCACGAAACCCUGGACCAGUACAUGGUACAGGUGGAGGCGUCAGACACGGCUCACGUGGCCACCACCUCCAUCACGGUGCAGGUGGUAGACGAGAACGACAACAGUCCCAUCUUCACCCAGCAGGCCUACCAGGUGGCCCUCCCGGAGCUCUCCGUCCCUGGCACCUCUGUCAUAAGGGUGAACGCGACGGACGCCGACGCAGGUGCCAACGCCAGGGUGACGUACAGUCUGGGCACGUCGUCUGACAGCGGGUUCUACAUCAGUGAGAGGACAGGCGUCAUCUACACCAACUCGUCCGUCCACUACAACCCCCGUCACCCCGUCAUCCAGCUGGUGGUGACAGCCAGGGACGGAGGGAGACCUUCCCUCGCCGCCGUCGCCGCUGUCAGGAUUCAGGUCACGGAUGUCAAUGACAAUGCCCCCAAGUUCUCACGGGAAGUUUACACAGCCCACGUGAGCGAGGAUGCAUCUCGUGGCCAUCCUGUUACCCGUGUCUCUGCCUCUGACAUGGACGAGUCUCGUCACAACCGCAACAUUGACUACCGACUGGUGGGUGGCAAUGAACUCGGUGCCUUCCAGAUUACUAGCAGCACCGGGGAGAUCCUGCUGGUGAAGCCCCUGGAUCGCGAAGAUGUGGCCGAGUUCCACCUGAUAGCUCUAGCCACUGACAGAGGCCGCCCAUCCAGGAAUGCCACAGCUGAAGUAAUCAUUACGGUCGAUGACGUCAAUGACCACUCUCCCUCCUUCAACCAAAGCGAAUACGCUCUUACUGUCAGUGAGUCACUGAGUCUUGGUGCCUCAGUGCUCCAGGUGCUAGCAUCUGAUAAUGAUACUGGCGACAACGCUCGCAUCAACUAUGACAUUACAUCUGGUAACGAUCAUCAAGUGUUUGCUUUGGAUUCUGAGACUGGCGUGAUCACACUGCGCGAAGCUCUUGACUAUGACACUGUGGCUGAGUAUCGUUUCAUCGUCAGAGCUACUGACAGCAGCCGUCAUCAUCCUCUGUCAGCCCUGGCCACUGUGCACAUCACUCUGGAAGAUGAAAACGACAACGCUCCACAGUUUCCCGUCGACAAGUACUUGGAGUUUGUGGCUGAGAAUUCUCCCGUUGGUACCUCAGUGUUCACUGCCCAUGCCAACGAUGCUGACAGGGGACAGUAUGGUUCACUCAAUUAUUCCAUUCCUGGAGGAAAGGACAUGGAUAAGUUUAGCGUGGACUACAAAACAGGUGUUGUUGUCACCAAAGCAGUGUUUGACUACGAGGCCAAACAAGCAUAUUCCUUUUUACUCCGUGCUAUUGAUGCAGGAGGUAAGUCUUCAGUGGUCACAGUACAGGUCAAUGUGGACAGCCAAGAUGAGUUUGCACCAGAAUUCUUGGAACGUAAUUACUACUUUGCUAUAGCGGCCAACAUGGAGGUUGGGAUGGUAGUGGGUCGUGUGGAAGCCACUGACAAAGACGAGGGUCCUGACGGCCGAGUCUUUUACUCACUCCGUACAUCGUCCAAUACAUUUAAGAUUAACCGAACAUCUGGAGAGAUCACAGUGCGACGUGCUGGUGUCCGGGAGGAAGGGUUGACACGUCUAGAAGUGGUUGCCACAUCAGGGUUGGUGGGGUCUCUCCGUGCUGUUGCUGUGGCUGAGGUGAGUGUUGGGGGUAGGAAUGGCACCUGGAACAAUACGACGCCCUCACCCACGGGUGGUCAAGACUCUGGAGGUCUCGCUACCUGGGCCAUCGGUCUGCUCAUUGCACUCAUAUUCUUGGUGCUAAUAUUUGGUGGGGCAUUUUUGUUUCUUUACCGACGGAACCUCCGAGCUCGGAAACCAGCGAUGGCUGACCAAUUUGAUACGUCAUUUGACACAAUUGAUAUUCGGCCUCCUCCCACUGCACCAGCAGACUUGUCUCAAUAUCCACCACGUUAUAAUGACCUACCUCACUAUGAUCAUCAUGGAGAGCGUAGCCAUCAUCACGGCAACACCACUUCAGAAAUGAGUGAGCAAAGCCAGAGUGCCAGCAGUGGACGGGGAAGUGCUGACGACAACGAGGAUGUGGAAGAUGAAGAGAUACGUAUGAUUAACGAAGGCCCACUGAUCCAGCAGCAGAAGCUGAGGGAGAGACUUGGCCUCCCUGACUCAGGCAUCCGUGAUGAUGACAAUAUGAGUGACGUGUCAGUGCACAAUACUCAAGAAUACUUGGCAAGGCUUGGUAUCGAUACCACCAAGAGCGAGUCGACUAAGGGAUCGCAGGAUCUGGCACAUUCUAUGGAAAGCAUGCAUAUGUUUGAUGACGAAGGUGGGGGAGAGGCAGAUGGCAUGGACAUCAGUAAUCUUAUUUAUGCUAAGCUAAAUGAAGUUACCCCUGAAGAAGAGUCCUCCAUAAUGGAUGGCACCCGGGCAUUUGGUUUUGGCGACGAGAGCCAACCCUCCAUGACAGGCUCAUUAAGUUCCAUUGUCCACAGUGAAGAAGAGCUUCAAGGCUCGUACAACUGGGACUAUUUAUUGGACUGGGGUCCUCAAUACCAACCCCUGGCGCAUGUUUUCUCUGAAAUCGCUCGCCUCAAAGAUGACUCUGCGCCAAAUUACAGUCGAGAGCCAAUGAAAAAGACGCUGAACCCGCAAGUGAAGACAAUUCCGCCACCGCUGCUGACAAGCGUGGCACCACGCUCCAUCGCACCCGUGGCACUCAGUUCAGUGCGCACUAGUCAGCUGACACUUCCUUCCCUGCCUCGCUCCCCCAUUAGCCAUGAGUCUUCCUUCACUUCCCCUGCCAUGUCUCCCUCCUUCAGCCCCUCCCUUUCUCCCCUGGCCACCCGUUCUCCAUCCAUCUCACCCCUAAUGACCCCUGGAAGCGUCAGCCAUGCAACUUCUCCCGCUGCUGCUGCUGCUGCUCAGACUUCAGCCACCUCCACUCCACACCAUGGUCGACCGGUUGGUCAACGGCCAGGGCCAGCGGGACUUAUGGCCGGGGCUUCGUCAGGCUCAGAAACAGAACUCAGGAUAUAGCCGUCACUAUACCCUCUUCUAUACCACCACCACUACCACCAUCACCACCAUCCUCACCAUCCCCACCACCAUAACCACAGCAGCCUGCCCCUGCCCCAGCGCCCUCACUAGGUGGUCGUAUCCCAAGCAGGAGUCACUCCUGCAUUAACACUCAAGACUCUACUCACCUUGUUAGUGGGCAAAUUAAGAAUGUGAUAUAGUUAUUGGUGUGACGUUGCCAAAUGUGCUUAAUCGCAUGGUGCCUUGUGUGAGUAUAUUGUGUAUAUUUGUGAAUAUUUAAGUAUUAGAAUAAAACAAACUGGCAUAGGACGACUGAGAACAGUGGUGCAUUCCUCCAUAUGUUUCUCUCGUGAUGGAAGCUCUUGGAUGAACCUUGCGGCAUUGUUUUACACGGUGAUAGUAUUGGUGCGUGGCAGUGGUUGUGUGCAACAGUGAAUGCUGUUGAUGGUGCCAUAUGUACAGCAUUAAGCACUGUUGAUGGUGCCUAGUGUCCAGCAAUAAGCACUGUUGAUGGUACCUGGUGUGCAGCAAUAAGCACUGUUGAUGGUACCUGGUAUAGAGCAGUGAGCACUGUUGAUAACGAUGGGCAACUGGUGUGUCUGGGCAUUUCACUACCUUACCACACCACUGUUCAGGCUCGAUCUCUGCCUGCCCAUCAGCUCAUUGAUUGGUGCAACAUUAAGCAGUGAAUUAUUCCACUCAGUCGGGUCUCACUAAACCUGGUAAAGUCUAUUAGGAAGAAAAGACGUUAUGUACCAGUCAAGUCAUUUUCCAGAACUGAAAACUGUUUCGGCUCAUACAGAAAAACUGCAGAUUGUUUAUAACCUGUGAAUGAUACACAUUUGUGGUAGUGAGAAGAACGUGCUAGUGUGAUCGCUCAGCCAUCGAGCUAAUGUCGUUGUGGCUGUGCACUCAAAUUUGUCUUCCAGUGAUAACACGGUUUUUUUCAGAUAUAGACACCCAGUGCAGAUAAAUAAUUCAUACUAAGAUAAAAAUUAAGACUUUGUGAGAGUGCCCUAUCGGACAAUGAAAGUCCUGGCUGUAUUACAGUGUAAAAAAUUUCAGCAAAUGUGCCACAUAAGGAAUGCGAUGCCAUGGGACCCGCUCUUACUGGUGCAGUGUGCGCAGUACCAAGGUAGUUACCACACCCACGACCCCAUGAUGGCAGUGUGUGCUCCCUCCUGCCACCUAACCUUCCUCUCACUAUCUGUUGCUUCUCACCUCAUAACUUCCUCCAGGGUAUGCUUCUCCUCGAUACCUCUGGCUAAAACAAAGCAUACAUUCAUCCUCAUCUUCUUUCUCUAAGAAAUUCACACCUAUCUCUGGAAAAUAUAAAAGCCUCUUUCUUCUUGUCCAUGGCAAGAAUUAGCAUUUCGUAGUAUUAUAAGAUGCAGGUAAACUACCACAUUCUACUGUAUACCUGGAAAAAGUUAACUUCAGAGUUAACAAUUAUCUUAUGCAGUUCUCGGUUAUAUAUUCUAAAUGACCUUUGUGAUCUUCCCAUUACAUGUCAUUCUUGAAAUUGAUUACGCUUUGUUUUGGACUACCCUGUACCCAGGCUUAUAUUAAACAUUACCUCGGAAAAACUGCAUCAGUGUGCUGCCAAAUCACAUUCUCUUGCCUACUCCUCUUCCUCUCUGCCAGGAACUCCUUUACCUGUGUUUUGUGCCGCUGGCCAGUGGCUAGCGGGAAUCAUAAGUGUGCCAAAAUAUCCUACGAUAUUUGUUAACAGUUCAAUUGUUAUCUCAUGGACAUAGUGGGCAAUAAUUGUGCCAAAUCUCCUAACCCAGUCUACAGCCCUUAUAACUACACCUACCCUCACCCCCUUUUCCCUACAUCCAGCCCAGUUGACAGACUAUGGCUGCAAUAAAUAUGAACAGGAUCAAGUACACUGGAAGAGCAUGUGUAGCUGAUGCUCAACAUCACACACGCAUAGUCACAGUCCACUGGGCGAUGCAGUGCCAAUGUGUAUGUGUUAUGAUGCUCUGGGCGACACAAUGUCAAUUUCCAAAUGUGUUGCCCAGGAGCUUGGGUGAAAGUGCCAAGCCCCCCCCCUAUCUCUCCC